AUGGUCAGUACCCACCUCGAAACUUUGCUCCAUCCUUUUGCACCUCCUUCGCUCCAGGAAACGAACUGCCGAGCAACGACUCGCUGCAAGAGCGUGGGCUCCACAUCCGAACAAAGCCGGGCGAGCUGACCUGUAACCUGUCGAGCACUCGCACCACAGGGGCUCGCAUCAGCACUCGUCAUGGGCGUGGUCGCGAACCAGCUCAAGCCGAUGCUGCAACAACAACUUUCGGGAGGCAGCAAGCCCAGCCAGAAUCAGCAGUACCAGCAGCAGCAGCAGCAGCAGCAGCACCACCAGCAGCAGCAGCAGCAGCAGCAGCAGCAGCAGCAGCAGUACCAACAGCCGCCUCAACAGCAGGGGCAGCAGCAAUACUACGGAGCUGCCGCAGCGGGCGCAGGAGCCGCGUAUGGAGCUCAACAAGCCUACCAAUCACAGCAGCAGUACCAAUCACAAUACGGGCCUCCCCAGAGUGGGUCCUCUCCGUCUGAGCGUGGCGCCCAUUUCGGGCUGCGGACUGACGCAAGCUUGUCAUACCGGAUAGACGCAUACAACGACCAGUACCCGUCGCAAUAUGGUAAUACCGGGCCUCUAAAUGGUAUGUGAUAUAUGUUCGUUAGCGCCCGUCUUCCUCUGGAUCCUACUAGUUUCGGGCACUGAAGAACAGGGUUUUACCUCGCCCUCUUUCACUCAGUCAUGCCCGAAAAUCACGGCGGAUACCACCCCAACUACGUCCAUCAACAAUCACCUCCCCCACCACAGUACAGUGCGCCACCCCAACAGCAAUACGGCGGUCAGCAGUACGGCGUCAUGCCUUUUCCCGGUGCCGGCGGAGGCAUACCCAUGCCUGGAGGAUCGAUGCCGAUGCCGGGACAAGGAGGACAGAUGCCCAUGCCAGGACAAGGGAAUGGAGGAUACCCGGAUGGCUCGAGAGGGGAUCAUCGUAAGCGGCCUGAGGCUCACUAGCGACAAUUCUUCGGGACCGCAGCUCACCGCUCCGAUCUCCCGUGAGCAGAUUACGGAACCUUCGCAGCGGGUGCCCUUGGCGUCGCUGCCCUCGGAGCGGGCGCAUACGCGUAUCAGCAUCAUCAACAUUCGCAGCAGGCUGGGGGACCCAUCGAUUACAACAGGGUGCUCCAAGUUCUUCAGCGUGGCGUCCAGGACCAAGUACGUGCUACCUGAACGUCAAGCAAGGAGCCGUUACUUAUUUCAUUCCUGUACCUCUCCCGUCCGCAGAACCUGUACGCUUUCUACCCUCAAGGCUCCCUCGAGCCUCUGGCCCAACGUAUCGUCCAAUCAAAUGCUUUACCUCAAAUCGCUUCGGCGUGGAACGUCGCUCCCGAAACCGUGAUCCAAUUAGCCCGUCUCGCCUUGUUCGACAUCGUGCUCUACGUUGACGACUCGGGGUCGAUGAGAUUCGAAGAAAAUGGCGAGCGUAUCACCGACUUGCAGCUGAUCGUUAAGCGAGUGACUUCAGCAGCAUCUUUGCUGGAUACGGAUGGGUUGCAGGUAUGUUUGCGACUUUGCCUCCGAGUUUCGACUCUGCGUGAGCUGACCCCUGUUAAUCUUUCCGUUUGCUCAGAUCCGCUUUAUGCACUCACAAGGACAACAAAUCAAUUCGGAGCAAGCCGCCGUCGACCUCAUGAGUCGCACCAAAUUCAACGGCAACACCCCCCUCGGAAUCGAACUACAACGCCAAAUCCUCGGACCGCUCGUGGUCGAACCGGCCCGACGAGGCACAUUACGCAAACCCGUCCUCGUCGUCAUCCUGACCGAUGGCGAACCCAGCGAACCAAGGGAUACCCUUGUCCGAGUGCUCAAAAGCACCGACUCUGAUCUUCGUCAAACAAGGUAUUCGUCCGAUGCGGUGUCGUACCAACUUGCGCAGAUUGGGAAUGAUGAGAAGGCUUAUCGGUUCUUGAAUGAGGUCGAUCAAGGGGAGGUGGGCAAGUUGAUAGACGUGACGAGCAAUUAUGAACGCGAGUCGGAGAACUGCAGAAGUGCCAAUCCGCCGUGAGUCGUGCACCUUCGAACCAUCAGUCGCGCACAUCACUGAAAAGGGCUGCGGGUUCACAGAUACACUUUGACCCCUGAUGGAUGGUGUUUGAAGCUGCUUCUAGGAGGCAUCGAUUCGACCUUUGACGCUCGAGAUGAAGGCAGGAAGAGUGGAUGGUAG